AGUUUCUCUGUAGUUGAACACAUGCGUUACAGCUGUGUUGUACUUUUCUUGCAAUAUCUCUUGAGUAGUGAGACUUUGGCGUUUGUGAUAUUUUUUGGUGCAAAAAGUGAUAAAAAUGUCGUUAAAUGGACUUCUUAAGCUGCGUGCAAAUGUUGCGAAAUCGUGUUUUAGAACGUACAAAGCUAAAGCUUCUGGCAUUCCGGAAUUAACACAGGUGCGACACAAUGUGAAGCGUGGCAAUUACGCCAAUUUAGAGGGCAAAGAUGUCACCUUCUUCGAAUCUAUUGUUGGGAAAAAUCAUGCGGUCCAGGAGGACUUACAGGGCUACAAUGUUGAUUUUUUGCGUAGUGUACGCGGUGACAGUCAACUUGUGUUAAGGCCCGGCUCCGCACAGGAAGUCUCUGCCAUACUGAAGUACUGUAACGAACGGAAAUUGGCUGUUUGCCCGCAAGGUGGCAACACUGGCCUAGUAGGUGGUUCGGUGCCGGUUUGUGAUGAAAUUGUAUUGUCUUUGGCGCGUCUCGACAAGAUUAUGCAUAUAGACGAAAUCACUGGUAUAGCGUCUUGUGAAGCCGGUUGUAUACUGGAGAAUUUGGACUUAAAGGCAAGGGAAGCGGGCUUGGUGGUGCCACUGGAUUUGGGCGCCAAGUCAAGCUGUCACAUUGGCGGCAAUGUCUCCACAAAUGCUGGGGGAUUGCGCGUGUUGCGUUAUGGUAAUUUGCAUGGCAGCGUUUUGGGUGUUGAAGCGGUGCUAGCCAAUGGUGAUGUCCUCGAUCUUAUGUCUGACUUCAAAAAGGACAACACUGGCUACCAUUUGAAACAUCUCUUCAUUGGCUCCGAGGGUACGCUGGGUGUGGUCACUAAAGUUUCGCUUUUAUGUGCGCCACAGCCACAAGCUCAGCAUGUGGCCUUUUUGGGUUUGCCUUCCUUCGACGAUGUGCUUAAAACUUUCCACAAUUCCCGGAAAUUUUUAGGUGAAAUUCUGUCCUCAUGCGAAAUGGUCGAUGCCCAGUCCUUAGACGCCAGCGUUAAUCACUUCAAGCUCAAUUCCCCGAUCGAGGGCUAUCCCUUUUAUAUGUUGAUUGAAACUUCCGGCAGCAAUGCCGAACAUGACAUGGAAAAGUUCAAUCGCUUCUUGGAAAAUGGUAUGGAGAAAGGACAAAUUGUCGAUGGCACCAUCACGGGCGAGGUGAGUAAAAUGCAAGAGAUUUGGAAAUUGCGCGAAUUGGUACCCGUUGCGCUUGUGGAGGAUGGCUUCUGCUUCAAAUACGACAUCUCAUUGCCAUUGCGUGAAUUUUAUCACAUAGUCGAUGUGAUGAAGGAGCGCGUGGGCGGUUUGGCCACGCGCGUUUGUGGUUACGGACAUUUAGGCGAUUCAAAUUUGCAUCUGAAUAUCUGCUGCACGGAAUUCACACAGGAAAUCUACAAAUGCAUUGAACCCUUCGUCUAUGAGUACACGGCGCAGGUUAAGGGUAGCGUUAGCGCUGAGCAUGGUAUUGGUUUUCUGAAAAAGAACUAUCUGAAGUAUAGUAAAAGCGCAGCGGCCAUAGGGAAGAUGCGUGAGAUGAAGCAACUUUUAGAUCCCAACGGCAUUUUGAACCCAUACAAAGUGUUGAACUGAAAAGGGGCAGGACAAUAUACUCAAACUACGAAGUUUAAAAAUAAAUAUCGAGAACACUUCCAUACUUGCUUUGGUUAAGAAUAUGUAAACACUUGUAUAUUAAGUUAGUUGUACAGUUAGCAUGAAAAUAUUUGGUUAUUAACUCAAAAGUGAAAUAAAAAUGUAUAGGAAAUAAACGAAAACGAA